GCGAAUGAGUGGUUGGGGAUGUGGGAAUAAAUGCAACUGUUCGAUGUUUGAAAAAAACAGAGUAGCCUCACGCUCUUUCAUCUGCAGAAUCUGAACAGUCAGGAAACCUUUCUUUGACCAAUGGGUUGAAGGGAGUGCUCAGACAUUCAGCCACACGCGACCCAGACCUAUGGAGUGUAGAUCGGCGUAUCUGGCAGGGGCAAAACCGUCCAAUAAAAAUAUAUUUCUUAACAAAUGUUAUAUGACACAAUACAUUAGUAACUUGGGGCAUUCUCACCAAUUUCUGUAAAUAAAAUGUGUAUAUUGAAAAUCGAUUAUUUUCACCAGAAAAUUAUAUUUCUCUAGUGCCAUUUAGUUUCUCUCAGUCUCCUUAAUCUCUCUCCUUAACUUCUCUUUUUACUAAUUACCCUCCCUCUUUCUCUCAAUGCAUGUGUAUAUAUAUAUUCUCUGAACUCAUCUCUUGAAAACAUUCAAGAUCGAUCAAAUCUUUCUCGAUCAAAAUAAGAAAAAAUCAUUUGAGAAACACAUGUUUACGAUUAUUUGAUAUUUUAUUCCAGGAUCAGAUAUUUGCUUUUCUUUUGGGGGACAAAAAAAAGAUGGAAACUAUUGGUGGGUUUCACAAGGAAGAUGAUGAGCAGAUGGAUUUGCCUCCUGGUUUUAGGUUUCAUCCAACAGACGAAGAAAUUAUAACCCACUAUCUACACAAGAAGGUUCUCGACAAAGAUUUCUCGGCUAAAGCUAUUGGCGAGGUGGACUUGAACAAAGCUGAACCAUGGGAGUUGCCGUAUAAAGCAAAAACGGGUGAGAAAGAAUGGUACUUCUUCUGUGCGAGGGAUAGAAAGUAUCCAACCGGUCUGAGGACUAACCGGGCAACUCAAGCCGGUUAUUGGAAGGCAACCGGGAAGGAUAAGGAGAUUUUCCGAGGAAAAUCGCUUGUUGGUAUGAAGAAAACACUUGUUUUCUACAAAGGAAGAGCUCCAAAAGGCUUGAAAACAAACUGGGUGAUGCAUGAGUAUAGGCUUGAUGGGAAACUCUCUGCACACAACUUGCCCAAUACCGCUAAGAAUGAGUGGGUGAUAUGCAGAGUGUUUCAUAAAACCGAUGGAGGCAAGAAGAUCCCACUUUCGGCUUUAAUCCAAAUUGGUUCGUAUGGAGGGUCCAAUUUACCACCUUUAACCGAUUCUUUACCAUACAAUGAUGUAACCAAGACCGAACCGGUUUACGUGCCCUGCUUCUCCAACCAAACUGAGACCAGAGGAACACUACUCAGUUACUUCAGCAACUCCGCACUUUGCUCGAUUCCACUCUACCAACCUCAAUCUCUCCAGGUUUUCGAGAAUCUACAGACUACUCAUCAGAUUCUUACUCAAGAACACUCCGUUUCUCAUCAAGAAGUUCCUUCUUCCUCCGCCGGUCCGGUUGAUCUUGAAUCUUUCUGGAGUUACUGAAGAUACAUAAUUUAUAGCGUGGUGUUGCUAAGUUUGUAUAGAUUGUUUAUAUCAAUACUUCCACUCCUAAUGUUUUUUCUAUUAUUAUACUCAACUGAAAUUUACUACUA